GCAGCACACACUGCACAGAUUCAUCCCUUUGGCAGCCAUAGGUCCCCGUGUUUCUGGAAUAAAGGAAGGAAGUGGCAGAAGAACAGCCGGCUUUUGAAGGUUGGCACCCGGCUCCCAGUCACCAUAGACGGUUAGAGCCAGUCAGAAGCCUCCUUCCUCCUGUCAGAGAGAGCCCACCCUCCGGAUGUCGGCGAAUCCGAAACCCCGCCCACCAUUAAAGAAACAGCCUUCUUUCUCCGACUCCUCGACAUGGAGGCAGACAGUGUGAGCAUAUGGCCACGCAUGGAACCCUUCUUACUGGGUGCCCUGCAGGUGGCUCCCUCCUCCAAACUCAGUCUGCACUACCUUCGUAAGAUGGCGAUCUACGUGCGAACACGGGACGGAUGCUUCCCCAUUUUGGGCUGGCCCAUGUGGAAGCAUAUUGCCUGUGGAAAGCUACAGCUUCCAGAAGACCUCGCAUGGCUCUACUUUGAGACCUUUGACCUUCUUAUAGGCCACACACCGGAGGAGAGGCUGGAGUGGGCAGAGUGUCUUUCACAGUGCUCUUCUAAAAGCGAGCUGGACCAACAAAGGAACAAGUUGUCUGUGGACACGGUGCAGUUCCUCCUCUUCCUCUACAUCCAGCAGCUGAACCGCAUGUCUCUGCGCACCUCUCUGAUCGGUGAAGAGUGGCCCAGUCACCGCACUCGCUCCCCCUCUCCGUCAGAGCGAGAGGCCAAGACCAGCUCCCAGAACAAGAACUGGGACGAUCAGGCCCACCUGUCGUUUGUGCAAAGCCAUCUAGCUGAGAUUGUGGAGCUGCUGGUGGAGCCUGGCCAACUGUCACAAUCUGGACAGGCCCUCAGAGAUUGCCAGAUAUCUCUGGAGGCCGUGCGGAGCUUGGGCCUGCUCUUGGAGGGCUCGACCUGCCACGGCCGAGCCGUUCAGCCCGUCCACAGGCUGCUGACCAAAGGUCUACUCCAGGCGCAGUCCGGCUACUCCACACUCAGCCGCUCCUUCGCCCUGCACAAGCUGCUCUCGUGUCUCCAGCACAACCUCACACUGAACCCCUUUGGGAUGACUGCCUGCCUGCGAUCAGGCAAGAAACUAGCCUGGGCUCAACAAGUGGAAGGGACCAUGAAGAGAGCCAAAAUAGCCCGAAACACCCACAUGGCUCCACCUGGCAGUAAGAUGGUUCUGAUGUCGCAGAUCUUCAAACAGACCCUGGCAAAAACCUCCGACAAGCUGACCGGAGCCAACAUCAAAAUCCACAGAUGCUCAGACUCCUUCAUAUACCUCCUCUCCCCUCUCAGAUCCGUCAGCGUGGACAAAUGCCGGGACUGCACAGUGGUUCUGGGACCCGUUGAGACCAGCGUCCACAUCCACAGCUGCCAAAACCUGCGGGUGGUGUGCGUGGCCGGCAGGAUUGCCGUCGGAGUCUCCUCCCGUUGCACUAUCUUCGCCUUAACGCCCACCUACCCCUUGCUCCUACCUGGAAACACAGACAUUACACUGGCGCCUUACCACACCUCCUACCCCUCCCUGGAGGAUCACAUGGCCAGCGUGGGGCUGGCUGUGGUCCCCAAUGCCUGGGAUCGACCCUUGCUCCUGGGGACGGAGGGCCUCGCCAACAUGUCAUCCAACCCGGACCCUGCCUGCUACCGGCUGCUGCCCCCGGCUGAGUUUCACACACUGGUUGUGCCUUUCCAGAUGGAGGGGGACACGUGCGAGGUGCCGGGAGGAUUGCCUCCUCCGUAUCAGGCGGCGAUGGACGAAAAGCAGAAGAGGAUACAGAACUGGCAGAGGACCGUGGUGGAGGCCCGGCUGAACAAGGAGCAGAAGCGCCAGUUCCAGGAGUUGGUGGAGGUCAAGUUCCACGAAUGGCUUCUGGCGACGGGGCACAGACAGGAACUCGACAGCCUCAUCCCACCCACCAUGGCCUCUUUAAAGGACUCCAACGGGCCGGCAGUGGACACGUCCCGAGUUCACGAUGCCAAACAUAUUAGGACGGGACAGUCACCUAUGCCUUGUUGAACUGUUGGGUUACUCUGGUUCGGAGCAUAAUGUAGCUUGAGUGUCUUCCUGACAGUUCCUGUAAGUUCAAAAACAAACAGACAAGUGUGUUUAGUGCCAGUAUUAUUGGACAGUAUGCGCGUGGUUAUUUACACCCCGCUCUGGUAAGUCCGGAGCUUCACAAGUCCUGAGGAAAAAGGCAGCUAUGUCCAGGCCAAGUAGGGAGUGGAUUGGCGUGUUGUGAACCAGCUGCAGGCACCCCUUACUUUGCAGAGAGCUUUAGACACGGGUGCACAGGGUGUGUCGCCACAGACAUUUUGAAAAAGACUUGGAUUUGAGUUUACGGCUGAAAAUCUAAAUCUGGUCGAGAUUACCUUUGGUGCAGCUGAGUACCGAUUGACUUUCUGCUGAGAAACCUCUGUUUCGCCCUAAAACGCGUUUUCUUGAAGCACCAAUGGCUCUUUAAUUCACUUCUUGUGUCGGAGGUUUUGGAGUCUGCAUUUAGUGACCAUUAGAGGAGCUUGAACUUGAACAUGAACAUGAGCACUCUUCUUUAGGCUCUCUGCUGUGGCUCACGCUCCUGGAGAACCAUGACUGCUGUAAACACUUGGGCUCUCUUCUAUACAGCCGGGAGACAUUGUCACCAUUUCUUCCCAAACUGUGCCCAGCAUACGACAUGCUACUUUCUGUAAAUAAAAACAUGGAGAAUGUAGAUGCUAAAUAACUGUAGCACUUUGGGUAUUAAGGACAUGUUAGUGCACAAACAGCUACUAGCUCAGGUCAUAGUAUAUUUGUGUUUUAUAGAAUAUAAAAUAUAAAAAGAAAAAUAGGAAUAAAGUGUUUUCUAUUAUGGGACAAAAAGCACGGAAUAUAGACAUAAUUUCUCGUAGGUACGUGAUACCGUCCAAACUGCCAGACUUGAUGUGGCUAAAAGAGGAAGUUGACACUUCUACAUGGCCCCGCAUCGGCUAAAUCCUUCAAGCAAGACGCCUUUUAUUUGCCAGACCCCAAUUAUUUCUGUUGUUUAUGCUGCAUUUGGCUUUUGAUUCCCUGUGUAUCACACACUAAGCGCUUCGAGGCGGCUUUCUCGCCCUCAAAACAGUCUAACUCAAUAAGUAAACGCGGGUUACACUUUACUUGACUUCUUUUAAGUGUCAUGACAAGAUAGGGUCAGGGUUCAUGACAGUGUCAUGUCACGCUCAUGUAGCUAUUGUCACCUAAAAGUUGAACUCUUACGUAGGAGUUAAAAUUUGGUUUUGGCCAACAACGUCCAGAAAAAAGAGUCCCCUUGUCUUUCCGAGCUUCGGUAGAUCCGAGCUGUCGGAAGGAGAUGUUUGCUCUAAGAUCCGUGACUGCUGUGUGGUGCAACGUGACGCCUGGUGCAGUGACUCGGAUACAAUUUAUCCUUAACUUUCCUCAGGAUAGCCCAUUUGCAAAAUGAACAAACCUGUGGUCAGUUUGCAGAACAGAUGUCUAAAUGUUUAUUUUUGUAUAAAUAUGUAUAUUUUAGCAUUAUAGUAAGAUUAUUUUUCAUAAAUCUAGCCCGCCUUCUAGGUUUAGCAUUUGAUACCUCCAAGUGUACUUUAGCCCGUUAGCUUCCUGGUUGCGCUCUUUACAACACGCUAACGUCUGAGUUUUCAGAUUGGGACGUUACGCACAACACACCUGCUGCAUGGGACUUCAGUGCAACAAUUUAAUAAGUUAUGGGAAGUUAGGGGACGAUGGACUUGAU